AUCACCAUCUUCCCUCUAUCUCUGCAAAACUACACGCUUCCCCCCCUUCUCUCUCUCUAACCCUAAUUUCCCUUUUCGUCUUUUCAAUUAUUGCCCACAAUCAAACGGUCUAUAUCUCUCCACGUCUCCAUCAUCAUCUUCAUCUUCCUUCUUCAUCGUCUCUCUGCUACCUCACGAAUUUGAUUUUAUAAGAUCCCUUUUCUAGGGUUUUCCACACACACAAGACACUCUCCAAGUUCUUGCGGGGAACGCAAUAUUAAAGAAACCUUGAUGUCUUCGUCUUGGGUUUUCGUCGACGUCUGAGCUCCGCUUCGUGGUUUUUUUUAAUUUCUUUAUCAUAAUUAAGGGUUCGUCAUGAAUUGAAGGAAUCUGAACUGUGUUGAGAGAAUUUUGGUUUUUGGAUGGCGAUUGAAAAGAAUAGUUUUAAGGUUAUUGCCAGUGGUAGAUUGGAAUCUGAGUUCUCUUCUCGUAGUAGGGAAGAAAGUAUGUCUAGUGAAGAUGAUGAGUUUCAGAAGCGAGGGGGCGUUGAGUUUGAUGAGGAUGAAGAUGACUACGAUGAUUGUGAUUCCGGGGCAGGUUCUGAUGACUUUGAUUUACUUGAAUUGGGUGAAACUGGUGAGGAAUUUUGCCAAAUUGGGGAUCAAACUUGUAGCAUUCCUUUCGAAAUGUAUGAUCUUCCAGGAUUGGGGGAUAUUUUGUCUAUGGAAGUUUGGAACGAAGUUCUUACGGAUGAAGAUCGGCUUAGUCUUGCAAAGUAUCUUCCCGAUAUGGACCAAGAGCAUUUCAUGCGAACGAUGAAAGAGCUUUUCACUGGUUGCAAUUUUCAUUUUGGGGUUCCAAUAACUAAGCUUUUCGAUAUGCUGAAAGGAGGUUUAUGUGAACCAAGAGUUUCACUUUAUCGUCAGGGUCUGGGGUUCUUUCAGAAACACAGACACUAUCAUAUCAUCCGUAAGCAUCAGAACACGAUGGUUAAUAAUCUAUUUCAGAUACGGGAAGCGUGGAUGAAGUGUAGAGGAUACAGCAUUGAGGAGAAGCUUCGAGUGUUGAAUAUCAUGAAAAGUCAAAAGAGCUUAAUGUAUGAGAAGAUGGAAGAAUUGGAGACUGAUUCGUCUGAAUGGGAAGAAUCUGGAGAUGGUUUAUGGAACAACAAGAAGCCGAAAGACCGUAAACAGAAACGUGGUCAUUAUCCUGGAUAUCGAUCAAGUCCAACGUUAGAUUUUCCUAACUCAGGGAGACAAUUAGCUUUAGAACCAGCCAAUUUUGGGAAACAGAAUCCAAAAGGAACUCUAAAGGUUUCUGGAUCGAAGAUCUCUACAAUCAAAGAACACGUAUCCCCCUUUUCUUCUCUAGAAGUAAGGCCAGGGCCGUCGGGUUCAGCAUCGUUUCUUCCUAGACAGAUGCGGGAUCAUCAUUUCAGAGAUGAUGAAAAAUCAAUGUAUGAUGUCACUGUUCAUCGAGAUCAUAAUUUUACAGAUAAAGCUGGUGGGAAGAAGUAUAAAGGUUUGAGGGGUGAAGAAUUUCCUGAAACUUUCAUGGGUUUGCCUGUGCCACUGAAGACUGAUGUGCAUACUUUUGGUAGGAAUAGAACCGUAAACCAGUUGUCAGAUAUUAAGGUGUUAACUUCAAAGCCGUCUAAUUCAAGAUUUGCCUAUGAUUAUGGGAAGAUGCUCAAACACCCGGAAAACAAUCAGAAAAUGGCUGCAGAAGAUGCGUUGAAGUACAGGAAUCCACGGGCUGCAAAUCUGUCUCAGAUUGAUGCUCAACAAGAUAUGUAUGCCGGAGGUGAACCAUUCUGGCCCGACCAAUCACAAGGAGAACUCAUCUCGGCUUAUCCAUACAGGAUGGGGCAGAAAAAGGGCAGGGCGGUUAAUGGCGGACGAGUUGUGGCAGCCGCUGAAGGAAUGAAAAUGCUGGCAAAGGGUGAGGAAACGGAGUCAGAUUCAUCAGAACAAUUUGGCGAAGAUGAUGAAGAUAACCCUUUGAUGAGAAGCAAAUGGGCGUAUCCGAGUGGCGCAUCCAAUAUGAAAUCCGGGCCAAGUUUUAAAAAGGCUAAACUUGUUAAGAACAAUAACAAGAGUAGUGUCAAAGUUCUUGAUGAAUCAUUACAAACUAUCAGAAAGAACGGCGAUUUUGGAGAAGAAAUUUACCCUCUAAAAGGAAAGCAAAAGGGUAAGAACCGUUUUGAUGAUUCUAGCGCAAGACAUUUGGAUGAGUUUAAUGGUGAUGGUCAUAUCGACGGUAUCUACAAGCAGUCUGAAAUCUUUCAAGUGCCCUUUCGGAAAACAUACCCUUCUGGGAAGAAGCAGAAAGGAGAAUUCGGGCGUGACUAUUCCGUCCUUCCACCAAUGCACAUAAAUGAUUACGUUGCUGAUGAGCCUGGAAGGGAUAACGUUUAUGUUGGAAGGUCUGCUAAGAAAGGUCAAAUGAUCGAACCAUAUAGCCAUGAUGGUGCUGAAAUGGCGGAUGUAAGGUUAUUAGGCUGCAACUCGGCUACCAAGAAACGGAAGGUGAAAGAUGAACUGAUGUUCAUCGAUGAAGAAAAUCUUGGUUUUUCGAACUCGAGCCCCCAUCAACAGCUUGAUGAUGUCACUUAUGUUAAAAGCCUUGGGAAACGGAAAUGGACGGAGCCAAUUCCUUUUGAAAACGUGGUCACUGAGGCACCGGUUACUGAUACUGCGGAUGAAGAUGCAGAGUUAGAAAGUAAAACUCAGAAAAAGCCGUUUACUUUGAUUACACCUACAGUUCAUACUGGAUUUUCAUUUUCCAUCAUACACCUUCUGUCAGCUGUGAGGAUGGCGAUGGUUACUCUUCUUCCGGAAGAUUCCAUGGAUGUUGGCAAGAAUCAUAAUGUAAAUGAUGAAAGACAGAAUCUUGGAGAGGAGCUAAAGCAGGAGGUCUUCAAUGGAGAUCAAGGUGUAACUAGUUGUGAUCCUUCCCAAAAUCCGAAUGUCCCUUCUUUGACCGUUAAGGAUAUUGUCAAUCGCGUAAAAUCAAACCCCGGAGAUCCUUGCAUUCUUGAAACUCAAGAACCGCUUCAAGAUUUGGUGCGAGGAGUUUUGAAGCUAUUUUCUUCAAAAACUGCGCCCUUGGGAGCGAAAGGAUGGAAGUCACUUGUACUAUAUAAGAAAUCUAUUAAAAGCUGGUCGUGGAUUGGUCCAGUUUCUCAGAGUUCAUCAGAUCACGAGAUUGUCGAAGAGGUAACAUCUCCUGAUUCUUGGGGUCUUCCACACAAAAUGCUCGUUAAAUUGGUGGAUUCUUUUGCGAAUUGGCUGAAAAGCGGUCAAGAAACCCUGCAACAAAUUGGAAGUCUUCCUGCUCCCCCUCUAACAUUGAUGCAGCUUAAUUUGGAUGAGAAAGAACGAUUUCGAGACCUAAGAGCUCAGAAAAGUCUCAACACGAUAAACCCGAGCUCCGAGGAAGUUCGAGAAUAUUUUCGCAAGGAAGAAGUUCUUCGGUAUCUAAUUCCCGAUCGAGCAUUUGCGUAUACAGCCGUUGAUGGUAAAAAGUCUACCGUAGCUCCUUCAAGAAAAGGCGCCGGAAAGCCGACAUCAAAAGCCCGCGACCAUUUCAUGCUGAAACGUGAUCGGCCACCCCACGUCACCAUCCUGUGUCUAGUCCGAGAUGCGGCUGCGAGAUUGCCUGGAAGUAUCGGAACACGGGCCGAUGUUUGUACUUUAAUUCGGGACUCCCAAUAUAUCGUAGAAGAUGUCUCUGAUGCUCAAGUGAAUCAAGUCGUUAGUGGAGCGUUGGACAGAUUGCACUACGAACGUGAUCCUUGUGUGCAAUUUGAUGGCGAGAGGAAGCUAUGGGUUUAUUUGCACCGAGAAAGGGAGGAAGAAGAUUUCGAGGAUGAUGGAACUUCAUCUACAAAGAAAUGGAAGCGGCAAAAGAAAGAAUCGACCGAGCCCUCGGAUCAGGGUGCGGUGACCUUAGCCUAUCAAGGAUCCAGCGAGCAAACUGGGUUUGAUUUGAGUUCGGACCUAAAUAUCGAACCUUCUGGUGUCAUCGACGAGAAGAAAGAGCAGCCAUUGGAGGACAAUUUCGGUGGUGAACAAGGCGCGAUACAUCAAGGGUCUUCAAUGGGUUGGGAAGCUCUCGGGCUGGAUAACAAAUUGUUAUGUGAAAAGAACUCGACGAACGAAGAUUUUGACGAUGCCGAGCUCUUGAACACAAGUGUAUCUUGAUGAAUCUUGUUAAAGGUGUCUUGAAUUUGAAUAUGAUUUGAUAGGGAGGAGGGAGGGGGCAUGUCUUUGUAUGCAGGUUUUUUUUAGCACAUAAAGAUUGCAAUCUUUUUACACGUGAAUUUGGAAGAGAAAGAACCCAAUUAUACGAAUACGAAUACUAAUACUACAUUUUUUAUGAAUUAGUUCCAUAUCUCAUGUAAACUUCUCUCAGGGGAAACGUUGUUAUGCAGGUCAAAUAUCAACACUGCUCCUGGUUGCAAAACCAAAGGUAAUUGACGAACCAAGGUACAGAAUGAACUCGAAUCAGAUCGAGUGGUGUAAUAAUAGAAUGGGUUUUUGAAGCAGAGUCGCUCUCAACGAUGAAUAUGUAGUCGGGUAUAUAUAUAUAUAUAUAUAUAGUUUGGUAUAAUUUUGUGCGGCCGUUUGGCCAUGGAUACUUUUAGUAUGAGGAAAAAACCAUGGAGGGUGGGAUUUUCUCUUCAUGUCUUUUACAGGAAAGUAAUGAGUUUCGUUGGUUCGA